CAUUUAUAUCAAAUAAUUUGAUUGGAUAAAUUUUUAACCAAUCAAAUGUAGCUAAUAUAACUGUCGAAUUAAUCGAUAGUAUAGCUGUUAGGUGUGAGAUAUAACCACGUGUUCAUAACCUAUAAUAUUUUAGAAAUGAUAUAAAAAAUAAUAAUUGUCUGAAAACAAAAUAGUAAAAAUACUAUCUUCAUUCUAUGCGUAUAAACUUGUAUACAAUAUAUAAAAGAAUAUACUAUUUUCUAUAAACACAAAGUAAGUGGUUGCGAUUUAUGAAAAUGUGUCAAGAACCGUGGAAGCAGAAAUUAAAGGAGCGAAUGGAAAGAACGCUUCAUGUUCGUUAUACAUGUAAAAUAAAAAACAUAGAAGAAGUAGUAGAUUUGUUUACCGGUGAUUUUACUGUCAAAUUACCACGACAACCUAGUAAAAAUUUUCAUGUAGAGUUUUCUACCGUUGAAGAAGCACUACAAAAUAAAAGAGCUCUUAAAGGUAAAAUUGUAUAUGGAAAACCUAUUGUAAUUCGAAGAGCUUAUUUAAAUACGUUAAGUGGCAAACAAUUUAGAAGGAAAGGAAAAAAGGUUAAAAUACCUGAUGUGGAACCAGAUGUAAAGUUUACACAAUCAAUAUUUGUUGGGAAUCUUAAAUGUUUCACAAAGGCUGAUGAAAUAAAAGACAUUUUACCAGGAUGUGUAUCUGUUACUCUCUUGAAACCAUAUACAAAUACUUUAAGGAGUGCAAUAGUUAGAAUGGAAAGUAUGGAACUUGCAGCAGAAUACUUAUUGAAAAAACGUGAAUGGCCAUGCUUACAUGGAAAUAGAUUAAUACUGAAGUGUGAUACUCGAAUGAAACAUAAGAAUAAAUCACAUGCUAGAGUUGAUAAUGCUGAAACCAAAGGUAGUUUAAAAAAUAAAACUUCUAUAGUGGAGAUAGAGAACAGUUUUUCAUCACAUUAAAAAGUACCAAAUAGUAUUGAUGCUUAGAUAAACUGUGUAUAAUAUUUUUGGUGUAUGUUAGCAUUCUUAUAAAAAUAUUAUUAAAAAUAGUCGUAAAUGAUAUUAAUAUUGUUUCAUAUAUUUC